AUGGAGAUCCACUCCGGUGCGCCAUGCACCAAGAGGGCGACGCCGUCCUCUAGUGGUUUGGCGGUAGCGGCUGGAAGCGGCGAGGACCGCAUCAGCGACCUCCAGGAUGCCAUCCUCGGUGAGGUCAUCUCCCGUCUCUCCACUAGGGAGGGCAUCCGCACUCGGAUGCUCGCACGUCGUUGGCAUCCUGUUUGGCCGACCGCUCCUCUGAAUCUUAACUGCCGUGAGAUCCCUGUCGCUCGUCUUUUUAACGCCCUAGAAACAGUUCAUGUCGAGAUCAUCAGUAGGGUCUCUGCCUACAGUGAGGAGCUUGCUCGCAUACGAUACAUCGUAACUUGGCAUCAGGGUAAAACAGUUCCUAGUGAUGGUUCUUGCCUUCCAGAGUCCAUCCUCUCCAGCCAUGUGGGCGCAGUUCUCCGCGCCUUUAUACUAGACCAUUAUGUAGAGGUACUUGAACUACCACUGAUCAAGAGACUUUCGCUUGUUGAGGUUGAUAUAUCAGACUUCUUGUUGCAAAGCAUGAUCAACUCUAGUUGCCCUGCACUCGAGUGCCUGCUGCUUGUUUGCAAUAGAGAAAGGCAUCGGAUCACAAUAAAUUCCCCUAACCUUGUAAGCAUCGGCAUCCGUGGUUAG